GUCAUGUAAUUAUAUGAUAUCAUCGGCGUUGGGAUCUAGGCUGGAGCUGCACGAAGACAACAGAGCUAACGGAGCGCCAGAUGGAACAUUUCUUGUUAAGAGAACUUUCAUUCAGGAUAUCCAGAUGAGGGCUAGUGACUCAAGGGACAGUCUCUCACCAAAGGUGUUCUCACCUGCGGACACUUGGACAGAGCAGUGCCUCAGCUGCAGCCUGCGUCUGACAGGACCUGCUAUGGUCGUUUCUCAUUACAAGUUCCAUCCUGAAUGCUUCUCAUGUUCUGGCUGCAAAGCAAUGAUUGGGGAGGGAGAAUCCUUUAGCCUAGUGCAGGGGACAGCAUUGUACUGUGGUCCAUGUCAAAAGCUGCUACUUUUACAGCCAAAGUUUGAGGGUCUUUGCAUUGAAUCAGCACAGGAGCAUGAUCCUCAUAUGUUAACCCUUCUGCGCCUCCCACCUCAAGCUGGAGGCAAUAGGGGUUUCUCUGUGUCAAGAGAGAACAUGCAGGUCACACAGGUCAGCACAGAAAAUUUGAAUUUACUGCACCAGGGAGACCGCAUUCUGGAAAUUAAUGGAUCCCCCGUCACCACACUGAGCUCAAAGGAGGCUGAUGAUUUGCUUUGCUCAACAGACCGGACCUUACAGCUUCUAAUAGAACACAAUCCCCCACCUAACUUACCAGUGGAUAAUGCUCCCCCGAAAUCUCCCUCUUUUCGUUCCAUAGAGGCAAGGGGUAGCACCGAAGGCCCAAUGAAACGCAGCUCCAUCCGGCGGAGUAAUAGCAACACCCGUUCCCCAGGAACCUGCUGUCCCAAAGAUCCUCGCUCUGUGUCACGUUCCGAGUCUCUGCGAUGUGGAGUAGGUGGCGCUCAACAGAUCUUUCGCCCAUGUGAACUGCUGCAUGGAGAGGAACUGGGGAAGGGCUUCUUUGGACGUGCUAUUAAGGUGACACACAGAGCAACUGGGAGGGUAAUGGUCAUGAAAGAAUUAAUACAAUUUGAUGAACAGACACAGAAAAAUUUCUUAACCGAGGUAAAGGUCAUGCGUUCUCUGGAUCACCCCAAUGUGCUGCGAUUUAUUGGGGUUCUCUACAAGGAUGGUAGAUUAAACCUAUUGACUGAGUUCAUUGAGUGUGGAACGCUGAAGGAUUACCUGCGAGCGGAUUACUGUCCCUGGCAACAGAAAGUCUCAUUUGCUAAGGAUAUUGCAUGUGGAAUGGCAUAUCUCCAUUCUAUGAGCAUCAUCCACAGAGACCUAAACUCACACAACUGCCUCAUUAAACUGGAUGGGACAACGGUGGUUGCAGACUUUGGGCUGUCCCGACUGAUUGUUGAGGAGAAGCCACUGCCUGCACCAGAUCGCCCCCCUACCAAAAAACGCACACUACGCAAGAACAAUCGCAAGAAACGUUACACAGUAGUGGGAAACCCUUACUGGAUGGCACCCGAGAUGUUAAAUGGGAAGGAUUAUGAUGAGAAGGUGGACAUAUUUUCUUUUGGAAUUGUUCUGUGUGAGAUCAUAGGACAGGUGUAUGCUGAUCCAGACUGCCUGCCACGUACCUUAGAUUUUGGGCUGAAUGUUCGGCUCUUCUGGGAAAAGUUUGUCCCCAAGGAUUGUCCUCCAGGAUUCUUCCCUCUGGCUACAUCCUGCUGCCACCUAGAGCCUGACCAGAGACCCGAUUUUCCACACCUACACGAUGCACUUACUGCUCUUUCUCUAUUUGUUGGAGAGCUGGGGAUUCCUCUGCCCUCUGAGCUAGAGUACAUGGAACAUAGCCUGCAGCUGGAAUAUGGCCUAAACCGAGAAUGUUCAAAACUUGAAGAGGGGGCCAGCGUGUGAUGAGGACUUAUUAAAAACAGGAUGUGAGGUACGGAAAUCUCACAGCCUGCUUUGCUGCUGCAGAGAAUUCAUCUCUUCACCUCCUGCUUUCAUGUACAGGCCAUGGGUCAACAAAGAAUGUAUUUCUUUCUGUUCUCAACCAAGCAGUCACAAGAUCCUUAAAGGUCUAAGACCUUAGACAAACUAAGACACAGCACCACAAUAUGAAUAAUCGGGGGGCUAAAUAAGGUAAACCUCAGGGUUUUAGUUUUUUUUUGUUAUGGCAACCAAUCAUUUGGUUCAGGUUGUAGCAAACUAUAUUUAUCUCCUAUUCCAUGCUGAGACAUUAUUAGAACAAACAUUCCUAUUGAGGCAAGGAUCACUAGCAUUCUGUUUCAGUCAAGAAAGUUCCUAUUUUCCAAUAUAAUGUGCAUCCCAUACCAGGUAGACACCCAGCCGUUUCCUCUCGAGGGCAGAGUUAAUUUUUUGCUCUUAUUGUACUGCAAGGGAAAAAAAAAAACCUUUGCUUUGUGGAGGUCAUAUUCUUCAGCCUGUGAAUGUUUUUGUCAUAUAUUUUUGAUUUUGAGGCCAUUAAUUUGUUACCUGUGAAUAUUCAUUAAUACUGGUGACCACUAUUCGCAUUACUGUUACAGAUAAAAUUGCUGCAUUUUUUUUAUUUUUCAUUGAAACUGGAAUUUUAGAAAUGAGAUGUUGACUAUUUACUGUACUUUUUUUAUGUGACUAGAUAUAUAUAUAUAUAUAUAUUUUGAUACAGUUGUUUCUCAGAGAGCACAGUUGCUUCUCAGCUUUUCGGUGUCUUCCUUAGUAAUUCUAUAUUGAAACAUGUAUAUUCUUUGCAACAUACCUGCAUCAUUUUCUGCAGUGGGAUGUUAAUAUUUAAACCUCAGGUGGCCUUGUGCCACACAUUUCUAAAAUAUUGCUUUAACUGUGGCUUUAAAAUGUUAAAAAGGGAAACACUCGCUAGCAGAUAACUAAACAUUUACAUUAUUUACCUUUUAUUUUAGGACAUAUUUAUCAAUUCUCAACAGUCCUAUCCUCUUGCAUUGGCAUUUGUAAUACUGUACUACUUGGAAAACUCUUGAGACUUGUCUCAUCACUUUUUUUUUUUUAAUCUGCCCUACAAAGAAAUAAUAAUACAGAAUAGUAUGUAACAAACAUUUUCAGACUUGUUUAUGCUGGCAACUUUUCAGUAAGAACAAUGUUUCAUAAAAUGGUUGUUUGCCUGUGUGAACAAGCCCUUGGAUAUGUCAGUUCUACUGAAAUGUGCUGAGUCAGCUAGAAAAUUAUUUAUUGCCCAUAUUCUAUGGACUAGAUAUUCAUAAGCCAAUAAACACGGAACAUGCUCCGUUUUUGUUUGCAUGUGUUCAUAUAUGUGUCUAUAAAUGAAGACAAUUGUUAUAUUCUAUUAAUUUUUUGCAAGUCAGGUUGGCCAUUGGCCUUCAUCACCAUAUGAGCCCAUUUUGUAAUACAAUUUGAUCGGUUCUUGAUAAUGUUCUGCAAGGACUAUUCCAUUACAGUCCAGGUACUUUGGACAAGGCUAAAAAUGCAAGCUGAAUUGCUGGGAGAAAUAAAGUGGGAAAUUACAUUCAUCUCCAAUAAAAAUUCAGACUGAGGAGAAAAAAAAUUGGUAUUGUGGCAAAUAGGCUCAUGGGACGAUUUUAAGCAUUUUGUAGGGCCUGGUGCACAGCAGAAAAUGUUAAAAUAUGAUCAUCUAAAAUGUAGCAGUCAUCAAUUAUAUGUGAUAAGCACCAGUUGAAGAAAUGCACCAAUGCUUUCAGGUAAUAAUCAUAUGGGGGCUGAUUGAAGAAUGUUACUCCACCCCACAUUGCCACAAAACACUCAAAAUCAGGCAAGUUACCCUUGAAAAAGGCAACAGCUUAUAAGCCUUUGAUCGAUAUAUAACAGACCUAUUUUUUUUCUUAAUGGCGCAGAUCUAUAGAACUGGCAUUCUAAAUGGUAUAUAUGAUGGUAUAUGAAGCAAAUAGCAUUUCGUUGCCUAAAUGCAAAUGGAUUUUGCCACUGAUGGUGUGAAAAUUAUUUUCUGCUUUCCUGGAAAAGGGUGAGCAUGUUACAAACUAAGGAUGAUACAUGUUAUUGAUUUUUGUUUUUGUAUAUUUAGGCACAGGCAUGGGAGCCCUGUACUUUAGUGUUAGUCUAAGGACAGGAAUAUCUACAUUUUCAUCUGAAUGUCAGAUUGAUCAUGCAUAUGGCUUGUAAGAGUUGCUACUUUUUAAUAGAGCCAUUCUAGAGGGAAUAUUUGGCAAUAUUGGUAGAAAGUAAUAUCACUCUCAAGGAUAUCAGGAAAGACUGCCUUUUAAAGGGGAUUUAUGUCAAUCAUCAGUGAGAGAAUUCAAAUACCAGCUAUUAAAGAACUACAUUUCUAAGCACCUUGCCAAGGAAUGCUUUGGAUCACUGGACCAAAAUACCUGAAAAAUGUGUGGUUCAUUGAGAGAAAAAAAAAGCACCACUGAUCAACUGACUUUUUUAAGCCAGGGUCACUUUCAUAUAGUGCCUUCUUUGCCCUUCUUACUGGAGGCCAUUUCAACAUCUUUCUACUACUGAGCCAAAAAAGAAAACUUGAAACCAGAGCCAGAUUUGAGGCCACAGUUCCAUCUCAUUGAUCUGCACCUUUGUUACAGACUGUAGAAAACUGCUUGGCUUCUUCAACAAAUGAGUGAAAGGCAAUGUCAAAGAUGUUUUAUUUAUAGAAACAGAACGCUCAUGUAAAAAAAAAAAAAAUAAACAAUUUUUC